UGUACAUGUACCGCAGAGAUGGAGAGAAAAAUGGAUGAUGAAGCUUUCUCGACUGCUAGGCAACGCUGGGGACAUAUUCAGAUUGCUCAUUCUUCUACACAUUCUCGUAAAGAAAAGUUAUACGAAGUACAGGCUUUACAAUGCCGAGUGCUGGAAUAUCAAAGAGAGAAUGUUGCGCUACGGGCAGAAUUGGAUCUUAAAGAUUCUAAAUUGUCUUCCUGCAUGAGGAGCGUUGAGCUGUUUUGGAGUCCGGAGCUAAACAAAGAGAGGAAGGCAAGGAAACUAGAGAAUGAGAAGCUGGCUGCUGUAACAGAAGAAUGCGAGAGAUUGAAGAUCAAACAUGCGAAAAUGUCUUGUCUGACUUUACAUGUCAAUGAACAGGUCGGUGAUAGACAAAGUCAAUGCCAUCUCAGUGCAGCUAGACUACACGGUGACGUAUUGUCAUCUGAUGCUAGUGACACAGACUCAUCGCCUGGCAUGUCUACAAAAUUUGACUCUCAAUCCAAGUUGGAAGCCAGUCCUGGUCAAUUUUCAGAGUUGCAAGCUCUAAGAAAAACUCUGGAUGAAAUGGAGUUAAGAGUCAAUUCACAGAAAUCAGCACUGGUGCAGCGCGAAGAUACAAUUAAGAACUUGUUAGAAAGACUACAAACCAAAACCGCUGAGGUGAACUCGCUUCAUGAGCAGAUCAAUAAGUUCAAUGUCUCUGAGAUGACUUUCAAGCUUGAAGCUGCAGAAGAGGAGAUAACAAACUUGAAUACUAAGAACACGGAACACGAAUUUGAGCAUAUGAAAGCAAUCCAGAGGCAGAGAGAGCUGUAUGAACAGCUUCGCCAAAAGCAACUGGAGUUGGAGGAGGCAAAGCAACGAGCACACGAGUGCACUAGUCAUGUAGCUUCACUUCAAACGUCAAUAGAACAAAAGGACUCUCAGUUGAACCAACUUUUACAGAUUAUCAAAGACAGAGACGAGAAAAUUCAUUCAAGCAGCAGCUUUGUGCAAGAAUUGCAAAGUGCAGAAGUUAAUAGGAGAACUCGACAAGUUGAAGCAGCAGCUGAAGAGAGGCAGGAGGAAAGGCGUCAGUUAGAAGCACUUCAAAGCCAUUCAAAGUUUAUGAAAGCAAAGAUUGAAUCCUUGAAACAAGAGCUAGCGAAGAAAGAUGUAAUGGUGACUGAACACAUAAGAGCCGUCUCAGAACUUAGCAAGUCUAGUCAGACACAGAUCAGUCAACUUGAAGAAGUCAUUGCUACAAAAGCAAAAGAGUGUGAGAGACUCCAGAAAAAUGCUGAAGCAUUGAUGAUUCAGCUGACUGACAAAAACAGUUUGAUUUCUGAAUAUGAAGCAACGAGAGAAAGCAGCAAAACCAGCUGUAAUGAAUUGUCAGUACAAGUACAAGGUUUAGAGGCUGCUGUAUGUGAACGUGACAAGACGAUAGCUCACCUAACUGAGGAAUUUAGUAAGGUGAAAGCAGGAAUCCAUGAGAAGGAAUGUGCUCUACAAUCAAGUGAACGUUCACUUGCCGCUUGUAAGUCUGAUCAACAACACUUCUCUGAUGUUGUUCAAAGUUUCGAAGAAAGACUGAUGGUCAAGGAGAGGAAUAUUGAGAUGCUGAAAGAACAGCGUGUGAGAUAUGACUCGGAGAGGGAUGAAGAAAGAGACGGUUUUAAACAGACAGUAGAACAACUGAAGGCUAAAGUGAAAAGCUCAGAAAGAAGUCUGGAAGACACAGAGAGCAAACUUUCAGCAGCACAGGAUGAUCUUCUGUCAUUACAUGUAGAAAUUACUCAGAAGAACACCAGGAUACUUGCAUUGGAACAAGAAGUUGUGGAGAAAGAUAUGCAUCUUGAAGAUGAACAAAAGAAAUCAAGUAACCUUAAAUUAGCACAGCAAAAGGCUACUAAGCAAAGACAGCAGUUGGAGACAGAAAUAGGCAAAUUGGGAAAAAAACUUUCUGCAAAAGAAAAAGAACUUCAAGAAGAGGUAGAAAGAAAUUCUAAUGAGGUCCUAUGCCAGCAGUUACAAAACCGAAUUUCAAAACUUGAAGAAGAAUUAAGGGUUAGAAAUGCUAGUAUUGAUGAGAUGGCAAGGAUUGUGUCCAAUCAAGGAACUAAACUUGCUGGUUUGAAAAGAAGUCAGCUAAGGGAAAGGACCCAAAGUGCUCAGCUGCUGGGUCAAGCCAAACAACGAGAAGAUAAAAUAGAGAAUGACAUGUCACAAUUACAAGAUCAUGUAACAGACAAAAACCACAGAAUAACAGAACUGGAAGCAGCAUUUAAAGAAAGUAUGGAAAUGAUAGUAAGCAGAGAAAGUCAGCUAGAAAGUGAAAAGAGAAAAUGUGCACACACUGAGGGAGAGCUAAAAUUGUCUCAGAGACAAGUUACUGAACUGAAGGAGUUGCAAGAGACUUUGCAGAGCCGGUUGGCUGGUGUGUAUUCACAAUUGCAAGAUCGAGAAGCUUUAAUUGCAUCCUUACGUGCAGAAAGGCAGUGCCAGACAGAAGAGCUAAUGGAAUUAAAGCAAAACGCUCUCUUGUCUGCUAUUUCAGAAAAGGAUGCGAACAUUGCAUUGCUAGAAACUUCACCAAAUAAAGAGAAGCAUCAAGAUGCAAUUCAUACCUUGCAUUGUCAAAAGGAUCAACUGGUUGUUGAAUUGAAAGAAUGGACACAACGACGUGUGAGAUUUCAUCGAGGUGAUGAAGAUGGUAUGAGCUCACAGCUUGCAGAAGAGCUGUCGGAUGCAUCACCAGACCAGGUUUUACAAGCUAUUCGAAACAUGGAUGAUAACAUGACAAGACUACGUAGCUAUAUUGACCAGCUUUUGGCAGUUGUGCUUGAACAAUGUCCUGGACUACUUGAGGGAAUGCCCAGACGGCAGCAAGGCCAAGGCCAAUCAAUAGAUUUACUUUGUGGUUGUUCACUCUCUGAGAUGCUUCAGGAGCUUCGAGAGAAAGAGCGCAACAACUUCAACCUUCAAGGUUAUGCCAAUUUGCUACUGCAGCGAAUCAUGGAGCAGCAGCCUUCGAUCUUAGAGGCAGUUGCAAUAUUGCAAAGUUGAUGUUAGGUGGGAGUGUGACUGACACGUCAUCUAAGAUAAGAAUGAAACACUACGCAGCUGUUGCUAAGUAUUUUUGUUAUAUUUAGAACAAGGUCAAUAUUGGACUAUGCAUUUUCUGACUAUUAUGGUUUGUACGCUGAAAUAUUAAGUUUUCCUUCGUGUAAUAUGAUCAUAAAUUACAACU